AUGAGCCGUCAAUUCAAUUGCAAACCAGGAGUCUAUACCAAAGGAGGCUUCAGUGGAUGUUCAGCCGUGCUCUCUGGAGCUACCGGCAGCAAAAUGGGGAGCUCAGCCUCUUACCAGACAAGAGGCAAAGGGCUUGGUGGAAACUUUGGCAGUCAAAGCCUUUACAGCCUACGGGGGACCCGGAACAUCUCAUUCAACGUGGCUGGUGGGAAUGGAUGGAACAGGACAUAUGGUCUGGGCAAGAACCGACUGAGUGGCUUUGCUGGGAGCAUGUUUGGCAGUUUGGCUCUAGGACCUGCAUGCACACCAGUGUGCCCACCCGGGGGCAUUCACCAGGUGACUGUUAAUGAGAGUCUCUUGGCUCCACUCAGUGUGGAAUUGGACCCUGAGAUCCAGAGAGUGAGAACCCAGGAGCGAGAGCAGAUCAAAACACUCAACAACAAAUUUGCCUCCUUCAUUGAUAAGGUGAGGUUCCUGGAGCAGCAGAACCAGGUGCUGGAGACCAAGUGGAACCUGCUGCAACAGCUGGACCUGAGCAACUGUAAUAACAGCCUGGAGCCCCACUACGAGGGCUUCAUUGGAAACCUGAGGAGGCAGCUGGACACUUUGUCAGGGGACAGGUUGAGAAUGGACUCAGAACUGAGGAAUUUGCGGGAGGUUGUAGAAGACUUCAAGAAGAGAUAUGAGGAGGAGAUCAACAGAAGAACAGCUACAGAAAAUGAGUUUGUGUUGCUUAAGAAGGAUGUAGAUGCUGCUUACACAAAUAAAGUGGAACUGCAAGCCAAGGUGGAAUCCUUGGACCAAGAGACCAAGUUCCUGAAGUGUCUGUAUGAAGCGGAGAUUGCUCAGAUCCAGUCACACAUCAGUGAUACAUCUGUCAUCCUCUCCAUGGACAAUAACCGAAACCUGAAUUUGGAUAGCAUCAUUGAUGAAGUCAGAGACAAGUAUGAGGGCAUUGCCAUGAAGAGCAAGACUGAUGCUGAAAAAGUCUACCAGACCAAGUUCCAGGAACUGCAAUUGAUGGCUGGCCGGCAUGGGGAUGACCUCAAACAAACCAAGAAUGAGAUCUCAGAAAUGAGCCGAUUCAUCCAGAGGCUUCGCUCAGAGAUUGAGAAUGUGAAGAAGCAGUGCUCCAAUCUGGAGAUGGCCAUUGCUGAUGCUGAGCAACGAGGAGACAAUGCCCUGAAAGAUGCCCGGGACAAGUUGGAUGAGCUGGAAGGAGUCCUACACAACGCCAAGGAGGAGCUGGCCCGUUUGUUGCGAGAAUACCAGGAGCUGAUGAGUGUCAAGCUUUCCCUUGAUGUUGAGAUUGCCACCUACAAGAAGCUGCUCGAAAGUGAAGAGUGCAGAAUGUCUGGGGAAUUCCCAUCCUCUGUCAGCAUCUCUGUCAUCAGCAGUACCACUGGUGGCAGUGGUUAUGGCUACCCACCCAGCUCUGUCAGUGGUGGCUACUUGGCCUCCAGUGGCUCCUGUAUUUCUGGAGUCUGCAGCACACGGGGCAGGGAUGACAAGAAUCAAGGUUCCAGUGUCAGUGACUACAAGGAUCUCCUAAGCAAAUCCUCUACCCUGGGCUCUCCCAUCAAGAAAAGCAGCCGAUAG